GAUCCUAGACGGGAAAGGACCCUGGGCAGACUCGGGGGAAUAUUGCCGCCCCAAAGCCGAGCUGGAGGCAGCGAAAGCAGAGAGGCGGCAUUAUGAGGAGCUAGCACGGCAGAGCGGCUGGAAGCCCGAGAGGCAUCCCAAAAAUGUAUUGGGGGGGGACACAGGGAGAGUGUGGCAGAGUCAGGAGCCAGACCUGAGCCAACUCCCCCUGUUUACCGUAAGGAGCCAUGGAUGUUAUCGGAGCUAUCGGCGAAGCUGAGGGCUGAGUCUGAGAGGGUCGAGGAGUUAUUGGACAGAAUGGAGGAGAGUGAAUGGAUGGGAGAUGAGGAGACACUUGAGGAGGUGUUAAUAGAAUUGAGUGUGAAGAGAGGGAGCAGUUGAUUUGGCGUAGUAUGCAAGGCAUUCGCCCUGAGGUGCGUGUCCCCAGCCCAGGUACCACUAGUGCCGGCACCCUGCACCAGGCUGUUUCUCCGUCCCAUCAAUACAGGUGCUUCCGCCUGUCCGGUGCUACCAGAGUUUCCGCCCCUCAGUCGAGAGGCGCCAGAGCCCCUCAGUCCAGAGGCGCCAGAGCUCCUCUGUCCAGCGCAGCCAGAGCUUUCCUCCUCUCCAGCGCAGCCAGAGUCUCCCGCCUGUCCGGCGCUGCCAGAGCUUCCGCCCCACAGUCCAGAGGCGCCAGAGCCCCACAGUCCAGAGGCGCCAGAGCCCCACAGUCUCCAGCGCCGCCAGAGCCUUCCUCCUCUCCAGUGCCGCCAGAGCCUUCCGUCUGCCCAGCGCCGCCUGAGCCGCCCGGUCUGCCCAGAGCCGCCAGAGUCUCCCGUCUGUCAUGAGUCGCCAGUCAGCAUGGAGCUGCCAGAGCCGCCAGUCAGCCAGGAUCCUCCAGAGCCGCCAGUCAGCCAGGAUCCUCCAGAUCCGCCAGUCAGCCAGGAUCCUCCAGAGCCGCCAGUCAGCCAGGAUCCUCCAGAGCCGCCAGUCAGCCAGGAUCCUCCAGAGCCGCCAGUCAGCCAGGAUCCUCCAGAGCCGCCAGUCAGCCAGGAUCCUCCAGAGCCGCCAGUCAGCCAGGAUCCUCCAGAGCCGCCAGUCAGCCAGGAUCGGCCAGAGCCGCCAGUCAGCCAGGAUCGGCCAGAGCCGCCAGUCAGCCAGGAUCGGCCAGAGCCGCCAGUCAGCCAGGAGCUGCCAGAGCCGUAUGUCAGCCAGGAGCUGCCAGAGCCGUCAGUCAGCCAGAAGCUGCCAGAGCCGUCAACCAGCCUGAACUACCUCUCAGUCCUGAGCUAACCCUCAGUCCCGAGCUGCCCCUCAGUCCAGUGGGGCCCUUUGUUAGGGUUCCUAGGCCGGCAGCGAGGAGAUACAGGAGAGGUGGAUGUUGAGAAGACUGUCCCUGACACCAUCACCAAGUGGGCUGCAGGGGCGUUCUGUACUUCCUCAUUGGGU